UUUCUUCCAUGCAAUUGUCUCUUGUUCACUAUCUAGCAUCGGUUCUCUAGCUUUCUUGAUCUCUUUCUCUCUCUCUCUCUCUCUCUCUUUUUUUUUUCUCUUGGUUUACCUUAUCUCCUCUAGUCCAUAACUUGUGUCUUUUAGCAUUUCUCGUUUGCUUUCAUCAGCUUGUUAUUCUAUUCCCAUACCUCCAUUUUUAUUAGGUAUUUCUUUCUCUGACAAAACACCACCCCAUUUGUCUCUAAUCAAGUGCUUCAUUACUUCUUUUUUUUUAGCUGUUUCUCCCUCUCUGUCCUAAACCUUCAUUUUGUUUUCUGACAAGAUAUACUAGUUUUUAACCACAAUGUCAAGCAGAAGAUCACGUUCCAGGCAGUCAGGUGUUUCCAGGAUCACAGAUGAUCAGAUCACCGAUCUUGUUUCCAAGUUGCAACAGCUUAUCCCUGAGCUUCGAGGAAGGCGCUCGGACAAGGUAUCAGCUUCCAAGGUCUUACAGGAGACUUGCAACUAUAUCAGAAGCUUACACAGAGAGGUGGACGACCUCAGUGACCGGUUAUCUCAGCUACUAGCUUCCUUAGACACCGAUAGCGACCAAGCAGCCAUCAUCAGGAGUUUACUUAUGUAAUCAGCCUUUGUUUUUUCACUAUAUUUACUUACCUUCCAUAUAUCUAGGGUUUGGUGAUCACUAGUAGCAAUGCAGAACAAGUGUUUAAUCCUUGUCAAAGACUUGUUUUAAUCAAGUCUAUCAGCAUAUAUUAUAAAAUAAUAAUAAUAAUAAGUCUUCUAGAGUU